CUUCGUGGUACCUCAAACAAAACGGUUGCCUUUCAGAAGACGAAGUGUGUGCUGUUAUGACCAUGUGGACCGCUGUACUCUGUCUCUGCUUCGCCAGUGCAAUUUCAGCUGCACCUCUUGGGUCAUUCUUCAGUUACCUUCCUAACUAUGACAGUCCAAGGCAAUCGGGUCCUUCAACACAGGGGAACAACGUUCGCUUCUCACAGCCAGGCUUCAAUGCCCCAGUCAGCAUGGAAAUAGUAUUUCCCCAGCGGUACCCCACCAACCCUGCAGGAGGCUCGCCCAGCGGCCCUGGAUAUCGUUCACAGGCUUUCAUCAAGUACUCCAUCCCCAAAGCCCCUGGUCGCAAGAGUGUAGAAGUGUAUUACCCUUAUGAUUUCGGGCAGCAGCAACAGAACUUCCCAAAUGUUCCACAAAUGCCCCCAGCUACAAACCUUUUCCCAUUCAACCUCCCAUUCCCACCACAAACUGUUCCUCAGCAGCCUCCUCAGCAGCCUCCUCAGGUCCCACCGUACCAGCCGCUCCAACCCCAGGACACACUGCAGCAGGAGCAGCAGCAGCAGCAGCAGCAGGCGCAGCAGGCCCAGGCAGGAGGGACUUUACCAUGAAUGAAUAACCUCAAUGUUUUACUGGAUACUUGAAGACACACUGUUCUCUUUAAUUUAAAUAUAUAUAUAUAUGUUGUUGUUACUAGCAUGCAAAAAUGACCAAAUGUGUUGUGUAUUGUAUACUUUUCACCCAAGCAUGUAAAUGCUAUGAAGAUACUUUUUCAGAAACAAUGUUAUUAUUGCACUGACUAUACUGACUAAUACCUAACUGCAGAUCAUUUCUUAUGUGAAAUCACAAUAUGAAAUCACAAUAAUGUUGUCACAAUAUUAAUAAAUUUGAGCAUCAAAACA